UGUCAAUCAGGCAUGUACUGGGCGGAAACCAGCCGCCGAUUGGCCGGCGGCGGCGCGCUCCACUUUGACCCUCUUAAAGUGAAUAAAACAUCAUGAGCGACCAGCAGGACAGUAUGGCUGUCACUGCCACUAUUAGUCCCAGUGAAUACCUCCAGCCAGCAGCGUCGUCAGUGACAGAGGAUUCUCAGCCCUCCCCACUGGCUCUCCUGGCAGCACCUGGCAGCAAGAUUGGGCCUCCUGCCGCAGACUCCGGCUCCUCGCCCUCCCCGUGUGGCGGUUGCAGGUGGUCACCAAGAAGCUGCCGCCUCCUGAAGCCAGCCCCGGCAACCCAACGGGCCAAAACGGCGGCAACCUCAGCUUCAUCAACGGCCAAUGGGAAAGUCUUCCAGAUACAGGGGUCGCAGGUGGGCAGUGCGGCCGUUAGUCCCUCCAGCUCAGGACAGCUGGUGCUUGCCAUCCAGAACCAAGCAGUGGUCAGCAAAGGUUCGCGGCCAGGAGUUCAGUACCAGGUGGUUCCCCAGGUUCAGACCCUUGGCGGCCAGUCCCUCAGAUCGCCCAAUGUCCAGCAGAAUGUGGCGGGUCAAAUCCAGAUCAUUCCAGGGACCAACCAGGCCUUCGUCACCACCACACCAGUGAGCAACGCACCAAAGGUCUGCCCCCAGACCAUGCAGGUGAAGUCUGCCGCAUCCCUCCCUGUACAGGUGGCUAACAUCAUCAAACUGGCAAGCGGGGGGAACAUGGCACUGUCCUUGCCCGUGAGUAACCUGGUGGGUGCCGGAGAUGGAACCCCAUUCAGUUGUCUGGUGACACCGUUGUGUGCCAGCAGCUUGACCAAACUCGGCAAGCGGUCGCGGAGGAAAUCGGCAAACCCCCCGGCGGUGGCAGAAACGGUGACUGUGGAGACCACGUCGGGCAACGAUCAGUCGGGGACCAACAUGCUGUUGCUGCAGAGCCCAGGCUCCAAUGUCCUGCAGCAGGUGCAGGUUGGUGCAACAGAAGCGGAGCAGCCAGUGCAGACCAUUCCCCAGCAGGCCAUCCGUGUGGUGCAAGCAGCCUCCAUGAGCGGCCACACCCUUCCCACCGUCCCUCAGAAAAUCCCGCAGAACUUCCAGGUCCAGACCAGUGAGCACAGCUCCGCCCCCGUCAUCAUUAGGGCCCAUUCUGUCUCCUCCUCAGCACAGGUGAACUGGCAGGCUCUGCCCGUGAAGAGCACCUCCACACUCCAGCCAGCCUCCAGCCCCUCGGGGGCAAGCACUUUGCCCCGGAUUGCCCCAGCCGGAGGCGGCAAGAGGUCCACCACAAGCUCAAUGAUCCGGAAAGGGAAUGCCUUGCCAAGGAUCGCCCCGGCAGGAGGUGCCAUUAACCUGAACGCGACACAGUUUGCCUCUGGCCAGUCAAUACAGACCAUCAGCAUCAACGGGCUACAGGUGCCUGGGGUUCCAGUGACCGUCACCAAUGCUGCAGGUGAGAGACAAUUAACCCAAGCAGGGGUGGUGUCACCAGUUUCUGCCAACAAUAUCACCAUCACUGGCUGAGUCCGAAGCCAGCUCAGCCAGCUGCAGGUGGAGCCUGCCCUGCCGGCAGACGAGAUCACGGCACAGCAAGGGCAGCAGAGCAAGAAGAUGAAACGCAUGGCCUGCACGUGUCCCAACUGCAAGGACGGCGAGAAAAGGUAUAAGCGGAGAGGUUGGAAGAAGAAGCACAUUUGCCACAUUCCAGGUUGUGAAAAAGUAUUCCGGAAAACAUCCUUGCUCCGAGCCCACGUCCGCCUACACACGGGUGAGCGCCCGUUCGUCUGCAGUUGGGUCUUCUGUGGAAAGAGGUUUACUCGCAGUGAUGAACUACAGCACGCUCGGACCCACACAGGUGACAAACGCUUCGAGUGUGGACAGUGUCACAAGCGUUUCAUGAGGAGUGACCAUCUGACCAAACACUACAAAACGCACUUGAACACAAAGAACUUGGUCUAAAGUCUGUGGGACACUCAGGAGAUAUGGUCUCCAUCACAACAGAAGUCAAACAUUUUAAUUUUAUUUUCAUUUUUUGCAUUUUUAAAGAAAGAAAGAGACGAGAAACGUUUUGCCAGAGGGAGGAAGGGCUGCCUUUGGCCUGUACUCUCCUUGCCUCCCUGUGCUACAGAAGCAGCCGAACACAUCGUUACUGCAGUAACCCACAUUACCGGCGAGACACGCGGGCAUGCAGAGCACAACGGAUUGUGCGUGAGGGUGAAGGCAAAGCUACUCGUGCUGAAAAGGCGAGAAAGCAAAGUUCAGAAAGCCUAGUCUCGGUCUUGGUUGUUCUGUCCAUUCCUUCCUGUAUAACAGUCAUAGCUUUGCUGAUAUCCUGUUUUCUAAUGAUAAGAUGCCUUAGAUUUUGUCAGAUACAAUAAUGAGAGCAUUGUACUUCGAUUGAGCAGAGGCUUUCAAUAGUCACUUUGCUUUUUUUUAAUUUCACAAAACGAUUUUUUUUUCAAAUGUGAUUCUGCCACAGGAUCAUGAAAUGAUUUCUGUCCAAACAGUUCAUCUUUGGACACAAAUAUGAGGAAAAAGUAAAUAAUUUGUUUUUUAAAAAAAGUAUUGAUUUUUUAAAAAUGAAAUCUGGAUUGUAGUACCCUGCAAUGUUUAUUAGAGUGAUGACCAUAGUGUUUACAGUUGUUUCAGAGAAAUCUUGGUUGUAUUUUUGAGCUUUCAUUGGAAGGAAAUCGGAUUUUAUUUUAGUAUAUGUUUUGGAUGUUAUAAGAUGACUGGUAAUAAAUUUCUUAUUGGUGAUAAACGUGGUGGGUAGGGAUGGGAGUAAAUAUGGAGGCUCCAGUCAGGCCCCACUUCAUCCUAUACAACAGCUUGGGUCUCCAAUUCAGACCAGUGAGUGGAGGAAACCCCCUGCAGAUGUGCCCUGUUCAGUUUUCUCCCAUAUUCUCAUGGGUUAAGACAGUGUAGAAUAUUUCCUGUGCAGCCAGGCUCACAAUUUCACAGUCAUCAGCUCAGAAAAAAAUUCUUCCCCAGUCAACACACAACAGCUCAAACGAAUGAGUGUGCUGAUCAGAAUGGCUCUGUGUUCUUAAACGUGAUAAAGUGGGGAUUUUUCCCUCUUGAUGGCAGUGAGUCUCACCAGGUCAGUAGUUCCGUGAUUUCCUUGUUUUUCGUUCAAUCAUCAAAACAGGCUGUUUGACUCACAAGGCAACAGCAGGUAGAGUUCCUGGCCAUGUCCAAGGAUGUGUGCUGCUGUGUGUGCCCAGCGCUAACACAGGCGUGCCAUUGCAUGCACAGCAUUAACACAAAUGCGCCAUUGGGCUUGUGGCUUCGAGUUUGUGAACUGGAGGUGGGGAGAGGCAGCGAUCACCUCUUCUGCAUCCAUCUGAGAUUUGAAGUUAAUUAGUCAAGCUGAGGGGAGGGCAAGGUAAAUCUUUGUUUGAUAUAGGAUCCUCCUCCAUGUGUGUUUUUUUUUUACCAGGACAGAAGCAACAUGCGUUUCCAGCAGGUUUCCAGUAGCAACUGCAAGAAACAAGCAACUGUGGGUUUACCAUUCAUAAUAUUGGGACAAAAGCCCAGUUCAACAAAUUUGGAAAGAGUGGUCUUUAUCCUGGAGAGAGGCUGCUGCCAGUUGAACCACUCCUCUCUGCUGUCACAGCAAGUGAUGCCACUGACAUCACAGAAUAGGUUCCACGGUGAACAUGCAUUGUUUCCCGACUGUGAUGUCAACUCUUGUUUUUCUUUUAACAGAGUAAAAGGAGUUGCUUAGUGCUUUGGUUGACGUGGAAGGAGAUGCAAGAAAUUAUUUGUCUCUUCAAAGAUUUGUCAUGUUUACCCAAAUAGGUGAUCUUUAUGUGGGCGCGAUUUAUCCAGUUCUUUCCUGCUUUUUGCUGGCUCUGGCCCUGAGCUUUAGUGUGAUAUGUGUGAGUCAAUCACUUCCUGACUGCCUCAUGAGACGGCACAGAAGGAGACCGACCAUUGUCCCAUAGUCCCUUUGCCAGCAUUUGAAAGGUGUAUCCAUUUACACCCACGCUCUCACUCUUCACUGCAGUUAUUUAUCCAAUUCUCCAUGGAAAGUUGCGGUUGGAUCUACUUCCACUGUCCUUUUCAGGCAGCACCUUCUCGAUCACAGCAACUCACUUCACUGAAGAAACAGACUCGUUUCUUCCUCUCCCUUCUGGUUACUUUGCCAAUUACCUUCAAUCUGUGUCCUUGGUCUCCUAUCCUCCUGCUGGGAGCAGUGUCACCUUAUCAAAGCCCUUCCUGUCCUCAAGUAGCUAGCAAUCCCUUCUUAAAUCUUCCCCUGCCUUACGGGGGGGAAACCUUAAUCAUCCCCUCUUCCCUGUCUGCUCAGAUUCCUUAAUCCUGGAUUCAUUUUGGUAAAUCUCUGCCACUUGACCUCUUUUGGACUGGGUCCACACGGUUUCCAAUGGGCACUGGAAGUGUAGUAAAUGUUUUGAAUCCUUGCUCUUCACUGCCUCCUGACCCAAUUCCAGUGGAGUAUUCUAUCUGAGGGGUUCGCAAUGUUGGGAAGAGCAGUUCAAACUGUCUGUGCCAAUGUGUCCAGUGACUAUCAGGAGUUUCUGUUUUUGUCAGAUCACAUGGAUAUUAAUAAGGCCGCAAUUUUUAAAAAGCUGAUGUAGAAAACAGCAAAUUUUUUUUAAGGUUAACCUUUACUAAUGGCAUGCAUCAGUUUCAUUAUCAUAUUCCUCUGAUAUGUACAGUUACUGGCUGUUGGAAUGGAGCAAAAGUUACUUCUGCGCAGUGAAUUCUCUCGGAGGGGGACAAACAUUCUCCAGUGUGGAACUGGACCACCUUUUGUUCCCCAGUCUGACAGCAUUUGGGACCCUGUUGAGAUUCUCCCCCAGGUGCGUUCCUGUUCUUGACCACUGGCUCUUGAGUAGGGAGAUGUGUGGCUGACAGCUGAGACAAGGUUUGGGCACCACUUCUAUCUCCCAACAUUGUGUCUGUGGCUCACAUUGAGACUGAUCGGGACAGAUGUGAUCCUCCAGUGGUGGGGAGAGAAACUCACACUUAGGGUAACCACAAAAGAGCCGAAAUGAAUCGUCUUCUAGCAACUUCCAGCAGCGUGUGGAUUAUUGCCCUGCUCGCAACCGCUGCUUGCGAGGAGAGAUGUAUACUACUUGGUAGGAGAUAAAAGCUGAACAUUGAGCAGGUGAUUUCUGUACCAGGUGGUGAGUGUGUUUGCUGCACAUUUGGAAAGUUGAGUGAUACCUGAUCAAGAGCCUGUGGUGCUAACUAAAGAUAUCACAAUUCAGUGCGUUUCUGACCCUUGCUCUCAAAUUUCAGCUCCUCCUCACCGCCCCCCUCCAUCCACCCACCCACUCCGCCCCCAAUUCCCAAUGGGCUUGAUUGUUGGGUCUGGCAUCUCCUACCUCCUGCAAGGGAGGGUCCGAUAUUGUUACAGCUGGCAGCACUGUGCAGUGCUGGGACAGAGCUGAGGGUCGCUGGGAUCCAAGGUGCACUGCUCUGUGUGGUCUUCCACACAGUGAGUUGCUGUUUGUUUCUUAUAAGUGCUGUCUUAGCAAAAUAGCCUUUGUAUAAUGAAUACUGCUUGGAUUUAUGAGGUGUUGUAAAUGUUCUUUGGUAUAUUAUAUAGAAAAAUAAAGGAUGG